AUGAUGACAAUCGCUUCCCCGGUAACCGAAACGACCAAUACAACAAAGGACGAGGCAAUAAAGGUCUAUACUAUCGCCGCCCUAAAAUUCCAGGGCAAAAGGCCGCUGCGCGCUGCACGAUGGCAGAGUACACUCUCUCUGCCGGCUCUCUGCGUCGAGAAUCCUGCAACAGCACAACCCAAGAUGGUGUACUACCUUGGCUCCGUCGAGCUGUACAAGGGGGAAGCCAACCUCCCCCACCUGACCAAGAACCUGCUCCAUCAAUGGGUCAACUGUGGUAAAUCACGGGCUGACAUGGUACCUGAGGCGAUGUGA